CCAGAUGGAAACAGCCCGGGAAAUGCCGGCAGUGGUUCCUGGGGCAGCGCUGUGGGUGAUCCUCUCUGGGUUCUGCAUUUCCGAGGGGUCGCUCUGCUCGCAGCGACGUGACAAGGAGCAAUGGCCGGUUAAGAGAGCAUUAAAUUUGGACACUGUUCAAAAAGAUAAUGCAACUGAUGCAACCCCCCUGAAGGCCAAAAUGAGCAACCUGAAUUUCUACUCACCCACCACGGGCACACGGCAGCUGAGUCCCUGCUCCUCUCCCACCUGGGACAGGGCUCAGGAUCCCAGCAGUGCCCCAGCAGAGGGAGAUGGGAAUGAGCAGAGCAAUUCCAAGAGCGGAUUCUCCAGGAGAGGGCAGCCUCAAACAGAGGACGAUGUGUUCCUGCAACUGCAGUCCCAAGUGAGAAAUUCCUUGCCCAGAAUUCUGAAACUGAGAGCAAAUCUGACAAGCCUGAAGGCUUUGGAGGGCAGUAGAGAGCUGGAAAAUAUCCUCGGAGUCUCACACUCGUCCUGUGACCUGAGUGCUGAGCUGCAGAAAACCCAAGCGCUGGUGAGUCAAGCAGAAAAACUGCAGCUAUUGAAAGAAAACUAUGGAAAAGUCCCUGCCCGAGAUCCCAUCCAGGCCACUGGCAGUGCUGCAUUCCUGCUCUCAUUCCUGGACAGAAGGAAGGAGCCCCUGGGCCUGCUCCCAGCACCGAGGCACAGCCAGAGUGACCAGGGCCAAGGCAUUAUGUGAAAAAUGCAUUCCACAUCAACCCAAACUUCUCCAUCUGCUGGACUGGACUUAAAAGGAGCGAAGAACCGAGUGUAAACCAAUCUCCACAGCAAAUCCCAGCUGGGGAGCGCUCGCUGCGCCGGGCAGGUGCACGUCCAGAUAACAUUUCUGGCAUCUAUUUCAACUUAACAAUGUGCACAACAAGAUCAUCUCAAUGUAAAUAAUCCACCCUGGGUGCUGUGCAGCCCUGUGCCCGUGGGGUUGGUGCUGUGUGCAAGUAAGUUGUGGGCUCUGGAGGGCUUCUCUGAGGCUGGAGGAAGCUCUGCAGUGCCAGCAAUUAAUUAUUCCCAGCCUGGAUGUGUUUUAUUGUUUACAAACACUUUUCCUGGUGGUGCUGCCAUGGCUGGGGACAGAUCUGACAUCCACAUGAGGGUCCCUCCAUAGUCAGCCCCAGCCCCAGGGUAAAAAGGCCUCAGGCUCCAACCCAGCAUUAACACACAGGGCUCUGGUUAACAUUUGCUUUUAAGUCAACAUUUGAGUUUAGUUCUGGCAUUUAAUGCUGUAGCAGCAGAGCUGUUUUUUAUAAACCAACUUUUUUUAUAAACCAGCUGCUUUUCUCUUUUCUUCUCUUCAGCCUCACCCCUCCAGCCAAGUGAAUCCCCUGCCUCUCCAAUCCUUGCAAUUAGGCUGAAAAGUGUAGUAAAACGAUUUAUUCUUAUCAAAGUCCAGCACAAAAACAAACACUUGAAUGUCCUUUCUACCACUGCAAAGUCCUCAAAUAAACUGAUUUUUACAACUAAGAUUCUGAGCACCAGCAUGAUAAAGGUGUUCAGGGUGUGGCUGAGCCCACACACGCUCAAGCUUUCAAUUAAUAGUUUUCAAUUAAUAAAAAUGGUUUUGCACUUCA